AGGUAAGUCACUGACGUCACGCUGCGCUUCCAAUGAAACGUGGAGAAUGAGGAAGACAAUACAAAGAGGUAACUUUAUUAAAUGACACUGCUCGAGCGCAGGGAAACUCGCUUCCUUCUUCAUGAUUAUGUGGCGCUCCGUGGAGAGCUGGUGCGCUCUCUGGAUGCACCGGCACCGGUCCACCAUCAACUUCGCGUUUCUCGUCGUGGCGUACAUCUUCUACCUGUUGGUCGGCGCCGGGAUCUUCUCCGCCGUCGAGCUGCCCUACGAAAAAGAGCUUCGCGACGAGCUGAAAGCCAUCCGGCGGGACUUCCUCAGUAACCACACCUGCGUGUCCGACGCGCACCUGGACAACCUUUUGGCUCGCGCGCUGGAAGCCAGUAAUUAUGGAGUAUCCGUCCUUGGAAACAAUAAUACCAGCCAUAACUGGGACUUUGUGUCUUCCUUGUUUUUCGCCAGCACCGUGUUAACCACCACAGGAUAUGGCCACACUGUUCCCCUCUCCGAUGAAGGGAAGGGUUUCUGCAUCUUCUUUUCCCUUUUAGGGAUUCCUGUGACCCUCUUCUUCCUCUCCACCUGUGUGGAAAGACUCGUCAACCUCCUGAGUCGACGCCCCGUCUCCUACUUCCAUCGUCGGUGGGCGAUGUCAAAGUCAAGACUUGCUCUCAUCCAUGCCACUGUUUUAGCAAUCAUCAUAGCGGUUCUGUUCAUCUUCAUCCCUUCGUGGAUUUUUGUCAACCUGGAAAAAAAAUGGAACUUCCUCGACUCUCUUUAUUUUUGUUUCAUCUCUCUGACGACAAUCGGCCUUGGGGAUUACGUUCCGGGGGAAACUCACAGCAAAGGGGCCAGCCCCCACCCACAUCUGUACCGGCUGGCCAUCACAGUCUAUUUGCUGCUGGGCCUUGUCUGCGUCCUGGUGGUGAUGGAGACGUGUUGCGAGCUCCCUCAGAUGAGACGCUUCAGGCAGAGGUUUUACCAGGAAAAUGUUCGAGACCUGGACUCUGAGACCACCAACAUCAUUGACCGUGAUCACAUGAGCGAGCAGCUGGCAGAGACCGCAGAUCACAUAUCGCCGCCAGAUCCACAAAUGGUCAUCACAUCUGUCUCCGAACAGGCAGAAACCCUGCGUCACAACGGCACCUCAAUACCUUACAUCCCACCUUCAGGAUCAGCUGUUAACUGAGAGCAGGGAUAAAAGGCAUCAUCUCAGCCUAUAGGGGGAGUAUCAAGUACCUUUUAUUUUAAAGGAAUUGAUUUAUGAACUUUUCCGUUAGGCUUUGUUGCUCAGGAUGCACCCCGUCUCUAAAUGUCAAGAGUGUGGGCUUUCCUGAGAGUAGAUUGGUACUCAAGGGUAAGAAUUGAAUCGUUCAAAAAGCGAUUGCUCUCUGCCAACAGCAACACAGACAUGUGGUGUGAAAGCAGGAACCACCCACAAAUGAUCAGAAUGGCAUUGUUUUCUCUGCCGCUGCUGCUCCUGGCUCUGCAGAUAAAGAUCUGAGGGAGAGGAAGGGCCGGGCCUUCAAAAACGGAUGGAAAUGCCACAAGUUUCCAUUUCCUGGCCCAGUCUUAAAGCUGAAACUGCUUAGCGGCACUCUUUGCUCGCUAGACACCCACAACAUCUCUUUGCACAUAUCUAUAAUGACAUUUGCAUCAGAAAUUUGCCUUUGACGGAGAAAAUAAAUAGUGCUAACCCACAAGGUUGAGCAUUUUUAUUGCAGAUAAUGUAUUUAUAUUUAAAAAGAAAGUAUUGGAGGUGUAAACAUGUUUACCUUCUUGGUUUCCUUCAGGUCAUAAUAACAGCCUUAGUUCUUCAUGUCAUGUAGAAACUUCCUUCCAUUACCACUAGAGGGAAGUAUUUUCAUGUUACAUGUGGGUUUGAUUUUGACAGUGUUAUUGGUUCUAUUCUGUACAUAUGUUAUUGUUAAAUUUAUAUCAUUAAGAUUUACUAUCUGUAUCCUCUUUAUUUUCAAUUUUGAAACAGCUGUUACAAAUCUAAAGAUUAUAAAUGGGCUUCCAAAGGUU